UGUCGAACGAGAAACAUGAAGUUACUGCUGCUUACCGUUGUCUGCGCCGUGGCCGUCUCAGCCAAGCCCUACGGCCCCAUGGCCUACGGCGGUGGUAUAGGCAUGGGUAUGCCUAUCGGUGGUAUGGGCAUGGGUGGCAUCGGAGGCGGCCAGUAUGGUGGUGGUCAGCAGUUCGGCGGCGGCAGCUCUGGGUUCGGAGGUGGUUCUUCCAUGGGAGGUGGACAGCAAGGAUUCCAGCAGGGUGGACAACAGAGUAGCUUCCAUCAGGUAACAUCAGCCCAGCAGUCAUCCGGUGGCGCAUCAGGUGGUUCAUCCGGCUUCGGCUCACAGCAGGGAGGUGGUGGCUUCAACAACUUUGGAGGAGGAUCGUCCGGCUUCGGAGGAAGCGGCUUCGCCGGAAAGUAGAUGAUAAUGACUGAAUUUCCAAUGAAGAUUUAAAGAGUUUAGUAAAAGAUUUUAAGCCUCCAAUAGUUGAAGAAAUAAAUAUAUUGGAAACAACUUCAGAAGAAACAAAAUUGCAGAUAUGAUCAACAAGUACAGUUUGAAAAAUGUAGGACUUUUCAAAAAGGUUCAGAUGUAAUUGUGAUAUAUUUCUGUUAGCAAUUUGUUUUAUUUGUAAAAAUCACGAUAGGGAAUGAAUCAAUAAAGUAUUAUUUAUACAUA